UCCGAUCGCCUCUCUCUCGCUGUUUCGUGGAGAAGUAUAUAUAAAUCUGCGUCUCUCCGAUUCGCUGCGUAUUAAAAACAUUCCAACCGUGGGCCCUCAGAUAGUCCAUUUUCAUCGAAUUUCUGGGCCCCGAAAUACUAUCAGAAUUCCACGCCAAAGUCUCUUUUGCAUUUCGUAGCGGGCUCUCAGAUAAGACCUUUCAGAGGGAGCUCUCUCUCUCUCUCUCGGAUUAUCGGUUCUUCGGAGACUCAAGUUUCCCGGAUUUUGAGUCCAGUCCAAAGGGUGGAUGAUGCCAUGGACUUCAAUGUGAAACAAGGGAAUCAUUUAUUCAGUUAUGCACUAUAUUUGGGAAGCCUUGGAUAAUGAAUAUGCAGGUAUUGUUUUUUUCAUUGAGACAUUCAACUAUUCAAUAGACAGGAGCAUGGAGGUUUAAGACGUGGUGAGUUAGUGAAAAUUUAAUUCUCCAUUAUUUUUGGGUUUGGUCAUGGCUGCCGAACCGAGUGUUUUCAAGGCCUUCAGUUUCAGGGCCUUCAAUGCAACGAGGGCCUUGGGAAUUCCUGAUAAAGAGGUGAAACCAGUGCUAAAGAAUCUCUUAAAAGUCUUUGAUAAUAAUUGGGAACUAAUUGAAGAAGACAAUUUUCGGACACUUGUAGACGCGUACUUUGAGCUAAAGGAAAAUAGCAAAGAUGAUAUGCAACAUAAUGAUGGGUUUGAAAGAUCAAUAAAAAGAAAGCAUUUGGAAGAACAAGAAGAUUGGGUUUCAUCUUCCCAACUGCCCAACACUCAUUUGAUUGGCAAAGGGAAGGACCCCAUUUCAUCCCUUGUGGUCACUGAAGAUAGAUCUAUUGUUGUUAAUUCUUCUUCCAGUACGGGUAUAGAUGUCUGUGAUGCUUUACCUAUUACAAGACCAAAGAAGAGAGCUCUUGGGAUACAUAAUUCCAAAACAGGUUCAAAUUGUAAUGGUUCAGACUGUUCUGGGCAUAUAAAUUCACAUAAUUUGGUUCAGACUGCUGUGGAAAAGAAUGAAAUACCUACAAAAAUUUCUGGACAGGGUACCGUGGAGCUAUCUCAACCUUGUUUAAGAGACAGCAGAACUGUAGGUACUUCCCAACUGCCCAACACUCAUUUGAUUGGCAAAGGGAAGGACCCCAUUUCGUCUCUUGUGGUCACUGAAGAUAGAUCUAUUGUUGUUAAUUCUUCUUCCAGUAUGGGUAUAGAUGUCUGUAAUGCUUUACCUAUUACAAGACCAAAGAAGAGAGCUCUUGGGAUACAUAAUUCCAAAACAGGUUCAAAUCGUAAUGGUUCAGACUGUUCUGGGCAUAUAAAUUCACAUAAUUUGGUUCAUGAUGAAAGGAGGCCCUUCUGUAAUUCUCCUGAUAUAACAAAAGGUUCAGAAAAAGUGAAAAUAUCAUUGGUAUAUGAAAAUAGCAGUGAAAGUCUUCCAAAAUUCAAUUACAUUCCACAUAAUAUAAUUUAUGAGCAUGCCAAUGUAAAUAUUUCACUGGCUCGGAUUGUGGAUGAGGAUUGCUGUUCAGGUUGUUCAGGAGACUGUCUUUCAUCGUCAAUUCCGUGUGCAUGUGCUCGUGAAACUGGUGGAGAGUUUGCCUACACUCCAAAGGGUCUGCUGAAGGAAGAAUUUUUAAGCGCUUGUGCGUCUAUGAAGAAAGAACCUCAAGAGCGCCAUUUUGUUUAUUGUCAGGACUGUCCAUUAGAGAGGACUAAGAAUGAGUUAAUGCCUGAACAAUGCAAGGGCCAUUUGGUCAGAAAGUUUAUUAAAGAAUGCUGGAGAAAAUGUGGAUGUGACAUGUCGUGUGGAAAUCGAAUAGUACAGCGAGGUAUAACAAGCAAGUUGCAGGUGUUCUGGACUCUUGAAGGAAAAGGAUGGGGACUUAGAACACUUGAGGACUUGCCUAAGGGAAGUUUUGUUUGUGAAUACAUCGGGGAAGUACUGACCAACAUGGAGUUGUAUGACCGGGUCCUGCAAAGCAGUGGCAAUGAGAGACAUACAUAUCCAGUAACACUUGAUGCAGAUUGGGGCUCAGAAGGAGUUUUAAGGGAUGAAGAGGCACUUUGUCUGGAUGCGACAUGUCAUGGAAAUGUCGCAAGGUUCAUCAACCAUAGAUGUUUUGAUGCGAACUUGGUCGAUAUUCCAGUUGAAGUGGAGACUCCUGAUCGUCACUAUUAUCAUCUUGCCUUUUUUACUACCAGGAAAGUGAGUGCUUUUGAAGAGCUGUCAUGGGAUUAUGGGAUCGACUUUGCUGAUCAGAAUCAUCCUGUUAAGGCAUUUCGUUGCUGUUGUGGAAGUGCGUACUGCCGUGAGAUGAAGCAAAAAAGGAGCUAGAUGGCAACUUUGCACACAUUUUGUUUUUGUGGAUAAAGAUUGUACUAAAGGAAAACUCUUGAGAGAUGAAUGGAGAUAUUUUGAGAAAUUGCACGAGGAUGUAUUUCAUACACAGGGUUUUUGAAUGGAGUCGUCCCUGUCAGUUUUGGAGGGCAAGCAAGCAGGCAGUGGGGGAGCAUUUAUUUUGUAUCGUUGGCUCAACUUCAUUGCAUAGCUUGUCAUGGCAUACCAUGUACGUCCUACAAUUUUAGGAAAUUUCAGUUUACUUUUAAGAGCGUAGAACUACUUCAUUUAGUCUCAUUCUUCUGACUCUCUCAAAAUUGUGGACCCAUGUUUAGUUUUGUAAUAAACUUCCUUCAAAUAUCUGUGGCACUGAUGGGGUUUAAAAGGGGAGGAGGUAAUCUUCUGGAGUUAUAGUAGGGUGGCGAUUCGGUAUUUUAGGUGACAACACUGACAAGGCAAAGGGUAUGUGAACACUAGUUUUUGUUUUUAUUUUUUUGAAUGAGGAAAGUAUUUGUAUUAAUUCGAAAAAAAAAGAUGUAUCACAAAAGUCAAGCAAAUACAGUGGUCCU